UCAGAGCUCCAGUGUUUGGCGCCCCCGGUUGCUAGGCAACUGCACCUUCCCUCCCCCCCGCCGACGCGGCCGCAGCUGCCACCGCGACCUGGGUGCUUCGCUUGGCAACCGCGGCGGCAGCGCCUGGCGGCGUCCCCGGAGGCCUUUAGGGUUAUUUUGUAAACUCUAAUAUGUGAUUCGUAAACUGGACAUGAACAAGAAUUUGUGAUAUAGCCUCUUUACCAGGAUUGAAGAAAACAGAAAGAAAAAAUAUUGGACAAAUUAAUUGCUGGAAGAAAUGAUCAAAUUUUGGCUUACAUGUUUUGCAACAUUUGUAUAACACAAAGAAGUAACCAAAUAUGGCAGAACUGUGGUGUCUUUGGCAUCUACUUUUGACCUUGGUGGUGGCUGUGGUAUUCAUUGCUCCUGGGGUAUUCACACACCCUGCCCAUGGGAAGAAGGUGUUGGCCAAAAAGGUCAGCCAGCUGAUGUCCUGGACCAAGAGAGACAGAGUGAUAAGAAUGAGUGAAACCAUGUUCUAUCAUUUUGUAUUCGAUGCACCGAAAAACUAUUCUGUUAUUGUGAUGUUUACUGCUCUGCACGAGUUCAGUUCAUGUGUAGCGUGCAAAUAUGCUGCUGAAGAAUUUCAGAUCUUGGCAAAUUCCUAUCAACACCCUGAUGCAUUCACCACAAAGGUAUUUUUUGCGAUGGUGGAUUAUAAUGAAAGUCCUGAGGUCUUUGAAGCGCUCCAGAUAACGUUAGUUCCGAAUUUCUUCCACUUUUCUGCCAAAUGGGAAUUGACAACAGCUGACAUUUAUGGUUUGAGAGGAAGGGAUAUUGUUGCUGACCAAAUGGCUGAAUGGGUAGCAGAAAGGACACAUGUCAGUGUCAGAAUCAGACAGCCUACAAAUUAUCAUGGUCUCCUCAAGCCAGCGAUACUUUUGGCUCUCAUUGGCGGACUUGGGUAUUUCUUGAAAUGGCAUAGGAAAUCUAUUUCCUGCAGCAUUUUGUGCGAAUUUUUAACUCUGUGCUUUGUGAUUUUGAUGACAUCUGGUCAAAUAUGGACUUAUAUAAGAGGAGAACCAUAUGCCCAAAGGGACCCUCGCACAGGACAGAAACAUUAUAUCAGUAAAUUUAGUCACGUUCAGUUUGCAGCGGAAACAUACAUCAUUUCCCUGUUUAAUAUGUGUGUUACCCUGGGAAUGUUGCUGUUAGAUAAGGCUACCACCUCUAGGACGAAUGUCAUAAAGAGAAAGAUGAUGUGUCUGUGUGGUACGUGUCUAGUUGCCAUAUUCUUUACUUGGCUGCUCUCCCUCUUUAGAUUUAAAAUACCUGAUUAUCCAUACAGCUUUCUCUUCGAUUAAAAAGGAUCCUACAGACAUAGACGAUGAAGCAAGAAGUUUGAAAAA